AUGGGUUCUUCCUCCCCCUCUUCUCUCCUCCCUCCUGCCCUAAUGCCGUGCCAUGUGUGGGAGGGAAGGGAGGAAGGAAUAUCGGUGGAAACCGCGAGGGGAAGAAGAGAAGUCGAGAUCAAUCGAAAGAAGGGGCAUAUGGCGUCUCCAAAGGAAAUGUAUGAAAAGGAGUGUCGUGCUCUUGGCGUCCCGCCAAAUAGUGGGCUGCUACGUAUGUUACCAGAGAGCACUGUGAAUUUAAGUGGCUUGAGCGUCAUGCACUUGGGACAUAAUUUUCUUGGGGAUCGCGGCGUCGUGCCGUUUGUUCAUAUCAUUGCACAUGCCUCGUCCCUCCACACUCUUAAUCUGCGAGAGAAUGGGAUAGGGAAUGAAGGUGUGAGGGUGCUCUGUCGCGGACUGCGUCGGCUUCCGGCGUUGAAGGUGCUGGAGUUAAGCGGAAACCCCUUCACAUUCCUGGCGGCGCGGCAGCUCGUUUAUCUUUGCGAAGACAGCCCUGUCCUCAGUGUCAUUGGUGUGGAGGGCACGCUUAUGACGGAAAAACUCAAAACGAGCAUCAUUCAUCGCAUUCGAGAGGCCGUAAAGCGGCGGGAAGCACGAAAGCAGCUGUCACAACAGCCCUCUGCCGAUCGAGAUGACGGUCAAAAAGACAUGGCUGAAGGUGUGGCAGAGGCGGAAGGAAAAGUUGUGGAGCGAGCUGCGCCCAUUGCGGCAGAGGAGGCAACAACACUGCGAAGCAGGAAUGUAGGUGGUCCUUGUUUGCGAAAGUCCGUCCUGUCACUUGUUUCUCAGGACUCCAUGAGCACCGCGAUGAGUAGUAAAUUCAAGAAGAAUGAACCGGAUGACCAAGCGGGACCACGCGGAGCGAAUGAGUUCGCAUCGCCAUGCUCACCGUUGCCUCCACCGCCACCAGAUGAUGCUCAUCAAUCACCCCUUUGGUUUGAUGCGAGCGAAGAUGAGGAACAAAAGGAAGAGAAGAAAGAAAUCUCUGUCGCUACGGCGGAGAAUGAUGAAAAAAUGAUGAUUGAUACGGCGGGCAGCAUUUCUUUCCUUGUGGAUGUGGAGGAACUGAGGGCAAAUUCAGUAGAGAGGGAACUGAGAGCGCAGGAGGAAAUGCUCCCUUGGCAGGUGUCAAGAGCCGAUGACCCUUUAAGAUCCCUCCACUCGACCCAUACACGCAUUGCCUCUCAUCGAACGACAGAAAAACGAUCUGAGAGUGGCACUGCCAUUAGUUUCCCUUCGUCGUUCACGCUAGAGUUACGUACGGCGGAGGCGGAAGGAAAGUUGGCAGAAUGUACAAAAUCCACAAAAGGAGAUGAUUUUCUCGACCUUCUCUUUGGAAGUGAGGUAGAUUGA